AUCAGAAACAUGGAAGCUAGAAACCAAACAGUCAUUUCAGAAUUACUUCUCCUGGGACUGACAGAUGACCCACAACUUCAGCUCCACAUCUUCAACCUGUUUUUGACCAUGUACUUGAUCACCAUCCUGGGAAACCUGCUCAUCAUCCUGGCCAUCAGUUCUGACUCCCACCUGUACACCCCCAUGUACUUCUUCCUCUCCAGCCUGUCCUUUAAUGACAUCUGUUUAACCACAACAACGAUCCCAAAGAUGCUGCUGAAUAUCCAAGCCCAGGAUCAGAGCAUCACUUACACAGAAUGCUUCAGUCAGGUUUAUUUUGUCUUGGUUUGUACUGUCUUGGAAAAUUUUCUCCUGGCAGUGAUGGCUUAUGACCACUAUGUGGCCAUUUGUCAUCCACUCAGCUACAGAGUCAUCAUGAACCCCCACCUCUGUGUCCUGCUGGUUCUGUGCACUGUGAUCAUUAGUGUUGUGGAUGCCCUGGUCCACACUCUGAUGUUGUUACAGCUGUCCUUCUGUGCAGACCUGGAAAUCCCCCAUUUCUUCUGUGAACUUGCUCAGCUCAUCAAGCUCGCCUGUUCUAAUACCCUCAUCAAUAAUAUCCUGGUAUAUAUUGUGGCUAGCCUAUUUGCCGGUGUUCCUGUUUUGGGGAUAAUUUUCUCCUACAUUCAAAUCAUGUCCUCUAUUUUAAGGAUGUCAUCAUCAAAAGGAAGGUAUAAAGCCUUUUCCACCUGUGGGUCUCACCUCUCUGUUGUGUUCUUGUUUUAUGGGACAGAAUUUGGGGUGUACAUCAGUGCUGCAGUUACAGAUUCAAUGAGGAAGUUUUCAGUUGCUUCAGUGAUGUAUUCUGUGGUUACUCAGAUGGUGAAUCCUUUUAUCUAUAGCCUGAGGAGCAGGGACAUAAAAGAAGCCUUGAAGAAACUCCCUGGUAGGAUAACUUCUCUUCUAUGA